AUGGAUACCGACGGCGGCGAGCAAGCGGAGACCGGCCCUGUCGGCCAGGGCUCCGAGCCGUUGGCUUGCGUUACCUGCCGGUCCCGGAAGCUCAAGUGCGACCGAGUGAAGCCGGCAUGUAGCCGGUGCGUGAAAGUCAAGGGAGAGUGCGUGUACCCUGAGUCGAGAAGGAAGCCCGCGUUCAAACGACGAAACGUUAAGGAGCUUGAGGAGAGGCUAGCUCAGGUGGAAGACCUUCUCAAGGAGGCGAGUAAGGAGGCCGGCAAGAUGAAUGAGGCCGCUGCAACAGCAGGAGAUUUGGACAGUCGGAUCAAUGUUGGUAUGGACGACUUCACAGUCGACAUCGACACAUUUAUCGCGAUGCAAAACGGCUUUGCUGGUGAAACCGCAGACCUCCAAGCAGGACUGUCAGCUCAUAAUAUCCCAGAGCCUCAACCGCAAAUGCCCAGCUUUGGCGAGUCAUCUGGAGAGUUGAUUGGCCUUGGUCUUUCGGAGGCUCUGCCCCCUUUUGAGAUGAUGGAAGAUCUUAACAAGAGUUUCUUCGAGCGACAGCAGCACUUCAUUCCAAUCAUCCAUCCCGGCAGGUACUUCCAGUCGUUCUACUCGGCGCCUCACAAGCGUCCGCCCAUGUGCCUGCAGUAUGCCGUCUGGGCCAUGGCUUCGAACGGACAUGAAAAGUAUUCCCAAUAUCACGAGAUCUUCUACAAGCGAGCUCGGCAAUACGCAGACGCAGAUGAGAUGAGAGGCUAUGGCGAGCACUUUUUGACGGUUCAGCAUGCACAAGCUUGGGCGCUGAUUGCGACAGACGAAGCGCGGUGUAUGUAUUUCACGAGAGCCGCCAUGAGUUCAGCAAAGUGCGUGCGUCUUGUAGAGAUGAUGGGUCUUCAUCGCAUCGAUGGGGAUGGCCAGGAGAUGGCUCCAACGCUCGCGCCGCCAACGUCGUGGGUUGACCUGGAGGAGAGAAGGCGGGCGUUUUGGGGAGCUUACUGCAUCGACUGUCACGCCAGUAUCUCAACGGGCUGGCCGACUUUGAUCGAUCCGAACGAGAUUACCACUCACCUGCCGUCGUCCGAGGAGGCGUUCAACUCAGCUCGUGAAGAGAAGACGUCUACAAUGCAGGACGCCUUCAAGGGGGCGUCGUACUCCACGUUCGCGGGCGCCGUCAUCAUCUGUUACGUCUUCAACAUGCUCCUGAAGCAUGUUCACUGGGAGAGACCCAACGACCGACCCGGAGACUUCGAGUACGGCGAGUUUUGGAAGCGUCACAGGGACAUUGAUAAUCUCUUGUCAAGUGCCUUCAUGUUCUUGCCCGAACGCUUUCGUCUGCCCCAGAGCAUGAAAGACCCAACGGCCGUCCACACGAACCUCAACCUCCAUGCAUCCAUCAUCUGCCUGCACCACGCCGCGAUCGAUAGGAUAGAGCAAAACAAACUGCCUGAACAACUCAAGACUGCUUCACAACUCCGACUGCGUACUGCAGCCGAAGAGGUGGUCAACAUCGUCAAGCUGACAAGUCACACGAACUCCGGCUACAAAAGCCCUCUCGUUGCUCUAUCACUGUACUCAGCUGCCUCCGUGUAUGUGUACAAUGCCAAAUGCGACCCACAAAACGGGCUGUCGAUGGCAGACUUGCAGAAUCUCAAAUUCAUCGUCCAGGCGAUGGAAGGCAUCGGGCGUCGACACUUGAUCACCCAGGCGUUCCUCCAGCAAGUAUUCAUGGACAUACAGCGCAACGGUUUAUCGGGUAUCAUCGACGUGCCCAGCCUGAACAACUACAAAAACACGUUCGGCUGGACUUGCUCGAAUAUUCCCCUCUUGGCACGAAGCUCAAUAUCGAAACACACCGAGAUCCAGCCCCCUCUCCCUGGAAGAUUGCCUCUCGGCAAUCCCAAAGGCACCGCCUACGAGAAUUAUCCGAGAACGCACGAAGGGUGCAACGGACCAGUGCCCCCUCAGUCGGGUUGCCCUUCCAACUUAGGUAUCUCGCAAUCCGGGGUUUCUCUCACACAACCAAUGUCAAAACCGAGUGUUUCUCUCGGAUACAACGCGAAUGGGGCGCCUCCUGAGAACUCGUCAAAUAAGAGGAGACGUACCUCUCUAACGACCGGCCCUGAAGCGGACCACGCCCAGGCAGGCCCAUUCAGCGGCACAUUCCCUUCAAAUAAGAAUAUGAACAACGCGCCGCCUGCAUCGCGCAAUGGAAUCGACGGCGUUGGAGGCUUUGCGGUUGGGUUCCUAAGAAACACGGGUAUGAUGCCCAAGAGCGGGUCAUCACCGCAUCUGACGCUGCCUCAUCGCACGAACUCAACAUCGCCGUCGCCGCCGUCUGCUUUCAACAAGAGCACCCCCUCACAUUCGGUAGCCAGCAGUAGCACUACGCCUGGAUACGGACCGGGAAGUACUACACCGGAAGACGGUGUCCAGGGCAGCAACGGCAGCGGCAGCGGCAGCAUCAUCAAUGGCACGGGUGGCAGUACUAACACGAACGGGAACGUCAAUGAGAUCAUUGACAUAACCAGCAUCCAAGCACAAGUGUCGGGCGCGGCGGCGUCGACAUGGGACUCGAGGGGGCUGCAAUAUGCACCCAGCACCGACCCGAUAUCCUUUAUCGACUUUGAGGCUGUAGGCGGCAUCGAUCCAUGGAGCAUGCUGACGGACAUGGGCGAUAUGAGCUGGACCAACCCCGGCGGAGGUGAGGACACGACAGUCACAGGUGUAGAUCUAGCAGGGGCAGGCGGGAAGGAGUAG